AGAGAGGAACAGUGGAUUUCGGGAUGUCUGCCAGAUAACACGAACUUCCUUUUAAUUUUUUGGAGACAUGGAUGUCAUUAUAAAUGCGGCAAGGCACAAUAUCUCGAACUCAUGAACGUGCUAACAACCCGCUGGUCACUUCUCCGUAACUUCGUGAAGACCGUUACAUAACGCGCCAGCAGAGAUGAGAGACAUCAUAGGAAUGGCGCUGGCGCUCGCUGUCCUCAGGGUUCGAGGGGAAAACAUCAGUGACGGCGAUUGUGUGGAUGGAAAGUGCUUCGUCUUCCACGUAGACAGUGCGAGUUUUGACGCUGCCCAGCUCGUCUGUCAAGAGAAAGGAGGACAUCUGAUGACCGUGCGCACCGAAAAAGCGGCCGAAGUUCUCGGUGGGUUGCUAAACGGCGCUUCGGGAGACUUUUGGCUUGGGCUUAAACACGCCGGCGAUCGGUGUUCAAACUCAAGCAAUGGGUUAAAGGGAUACAGAUGGGUCACUGGAGACAACAAAACCCAAUACGUCAACUGGAAAAGCGACGUGAGCGUUUGUUCUCCACUGUGUGUUUCUGUAUCACAAAAAGUUCUCAAAUGGACCGAAAGAGCAUGCAAUGACAGAAUCGAUGGUUAUUUCUGCGAAUACGACAACCCCAGUUACUGUCCGCCGCUGAGCAUCGAUGCACCAGUCUCAUAUCAAACUCACUUCGGAUUUACAGCAGAGGAAAAACUCAAAGAGAUUCCUCAGUUCACUAAUGGCACAUUGCAGCCGAUGAGAACGAGACACAUUUGCUUCGAAGGCGCGUGGCUUAAAGCACCUUGGAGCUGUGAAGUUUUUGGUGGGGGAUGCGAUUAUAAGUGCAUUCAGAAAGGGCCGAGCAAUGCCUGCAUCUGUCAGCCUGGGUUCGAACUCGACACCAACGGAGUCACUUGCAACAAACAGGACGCUGACUCUUGCGCUGAAUGUGAACACAAAUGCACGCGAGCCGGCGAUACAUUCGCGUGCGCGUGUCCCCCGGGGUUUCAACUGGGUGCAGAUGGAAAGUCUUGCGAAGAAUGCAAACCCGGCUUUCACAUGGAAGGUGGCGUCUGCGUGGAUGACGACGAAUGCGAGUCCGCGCCGUGCGAGCACGACUGCAUCAACACUGAAGGGAGCUAUCACUGUGUGUGCUUUGAGGGAUUUAUUCAGUCGACGGAGGACAUGAACAAAUGUAAAAUGCACUGUGAGAAAAACAUGUGCCCAGCGGACUGUGAUCCCAACAACAACGCCCAGUGCAACUGCCCCGAUGGUUUCCUACUUGAAGAGCAAUUCUGCGUUGACAUAGAUGAAUGCGACAGUGGUUACUGUGACCAUGCAUGUGAAAAUACACCUGGAGGAUUUCAGUGUUCUUGCGAUGAAGGAUACGUGCUUAAAGACAGCACCAAAUGCAUUAGAGAAGACUUUGAGGGUUCAGGCAGCUCAACUCCUUUUGAUUUUUUUACUCCUACGAGCAGAUCUCCAACAGACAAGCCAGCGUCCAUCUCAGCUGCCAGUCUUUUAGGAAUAAUGAUUUGCAUUGUUGUUUGUAUUCUUUUACUGGUCUGCAUCGUUCACUGCAUAAUGAGACGUCUUGAUAAAACGCACCAUUACGAUGUGGACAAAGGCCACGAUGAAAACUUCGAUUUUCAACAGGUGAUCACUGAAAAACCCUGCGCACAGCAGACAUUCCCAAGCAGACAUAUAACAAGAGACACUUAAAGUCGGACGCCACGCGAACUGAAAUAGCUCUCAGAAUGGAAUAUAUAUUUAUACUGAUCCUUUUUGUAUUGUGCAUCAACUCUGAAGUAGUAAAGUGCACGGGGCUUCUGUUAAUGGCUACGCUGCCUUCUGCAUCGGUGGAGGUCUUCAUCAUGUGCCAGAGCUGCCCAUGCAUGUCACUAGAUCUGAGUUUAAACAGCAUUGGUGAACUGAACAAAACUUCCUUUUCUCAUCUCGAAGGUUGAUUGAAAACAAUGCAUUUUUGAGUUUGACUAAUCUAGAAGAGCUAAACCUGUCCAACAACUUCAUGGAUAGUAUUGAUUCUAAAACAUUUCAGAAUCUAGAGAAACUUGAGGCGCUUGAUUUGUCUUGCAACCAUGUAAGGGUGCUUGGAGAUCAAUCAUUUCAGGGACUCCCAAGUUUACUCACCUUAAGUCGAACAGGAAAUGCUCUGGAAUCAGUUCAUGGAUUUGGAAACCUGAAGACUUGGGUGAGAACAGAACUUCAUCUUGGUCUAGUUUACCCAACAUUUCUAAAAAUCUCACGACCCUUGACCUGGAAUUCUACAGACAAACUACAAACUCCUUAAUCUUCAACAAUGCAACUGAUCUGGUCAGAAGGAAAAUGUCUUAAUGUGUUUAACAAUCUUCACCAGUUAGAACAGAAUUUUCUGGCUUCCAACGAACUACAUUUGCUUCCAAAACAUUUUCAAAGACCUUACUUUGAUCUUUUUGGAUUUAUCCUUCAACUCUUUGAAGCACCUUCCGAAUGAUAUAUUCCCUAAAAGUCUUCAGAUACUUAAUCUUAAAUACAACUCUAUUUAUUCAGUGGAUCCAAAUCUCUUUAGCACCCUCAGCUACCUCAGUCUGAUGACAGCUGGGACUCAGAGUGGUUUUAUGACCAGCUUCUGCAUAAAAUAAGAAAAAAAAACACCAAGAAUAAACCUAAAAAUGUUAAAGAAAAAUACAAGAAGGUUGAAAAAAGCUCGUUCAUGCAGACAUGGAUAGUGUAACUGUGAAGGACUUUGUAUGGACAUACCUUUCUUUGCUCUUGAUGAGGUUCUCAUCUAUCCUUAUGUGUUUGACCUGUUUUCUUUUGGACAAAAAUGAAGCGUAUUAAGCUUGACACCAUACUGAACCGUAUACAUAUAUAAAAGUUUAUUUUGUAUCAUCCAAAAUGUGCAGUAGCAUGAACUUCUCGGUCAGUUGGUGUAAAAGUCAACGGAACUGUGACAUUACAGAUACAUCUUUAAUUAGAUGAACAGAUACCUGCAUUAACAUUGUAAUUGCUUUACAUAUGUAAAUAGUAAACCUUUUUGAUUUUGAUUUUCAUGCCGUUUCAUGAUUUGGCACAUUAAGUUGAAUAAAUCAUACUGUGUGUUAUA